AUGUCGGUUCUAUUACCUCCCACCAUUGCGAUCAAAACAGGCUGGGGUAAUGCCAACGUCUACAUGAACUACAACGAUGAUUCUAAUUCUCAGACUAGGGGCUUCCUCAAAUUCAAUGGAGGGAAUGUUUUCAGCCCGCUAGCGAAGUUCGAAGUGGUGGCCGCAAAUACUGGAAUAGGAAUGGUGCAUUUAAGAUGCUCUCACAAUAAGAAGUUCUUGCGAGUGAGGGCCCAGGGCGGUGGGUACAUUUCUCCAGACGCUGACGAACCAGAAGAAGACCAAUCAAAAUGGUCAUGUACGUUAUUCCAGCCCAGACCUGUAGAUGGCAAUCCAGACCGCGUUCGGUUGUUCCAUGUCCAACUACAGAAAUAUCCGGUGUUCGAUAACACUUAUUACUUUUGGGUGGGCUAUAAUAAUCCAGCCCAGCAGGAUAUCCUGGAAAUCAUUGACCUUGAAUCGUUAGUGAUACUGCCGAGGCAUGUGGCCUUCAAAGGCCAUAAUGGAAAAUAUCUCGGAACAAUAGAGCUGAACAACCAACGGUAUCUGGCAUUCGAUUACGCUGCCAAGGGUCGCCCUGAAACCUGGUUCGAGGUAUCCACCGAUGGUCAUGGAAGGGCACAGAUCAUGUCAAACCACACUAAAACAUUUUGGAGGAACGCAGGUACUACUAAUUGGAUUUGGUCUGAUGUAGAAAGCGCCAACGACCUCACCACCCACAGCAACUUUUGGCCUGUGAAGGUCAACAAUAAUACCAUCGCUCUCAACAGCUCCACCAACAACAAUUUUUGCUCACUGAUCGCCCUUAAUAGCACAACAGACUGUCUCAACGCUGCCUACUCUAGCAUUGCCCCCGAGUCACACCUGGUGAUGGAAGAACUCGUGCUCUCCAGAAGCAUCUACAAUGCCGAUUUCGACCUCGCCAAUGCCAUAAUCUAUGGCGAGACCCCGGUGACGAUGGCCACAGCAAACGCCAGCAACAAUACCGAUGCAGAAAACACUGUAGAAUUCAAGUUCGCCUAUGUUGAGAGUAAGAGCAGCACAUGGAGUACUAGUCAUUCAUGGAUGGCGGGAGUGAGUGUAACGGCCUCGUUCAAAAUUCCAUUCAUCGGAGGCACCGAGGUCACUGCUACUGCUGAGUAUUCCGGAUCCUAUGAGUGGGGAGAAACUAUCACAACCGAAAAUACAUUGGAGACCACCUACUCGGUUGUCGUGCUGCCAAGAACUUCUAUAUCCGUGAGCCUCGUAGCCACCAAGGGUUCUUGUGACGUUCCUUAUUCCUACUAUCAGAGGGAUGUGCUCUACAAUGGAAAGACCGUCGUGUACAAGAAGGAUGACGGUCUGUACACGGGGAUCAACUCGUACAAUUUCCGUUACGAGGCAACGACCUUAACUCAGGCCAGAUCUGAUACUCCUGCCACGCUGGUGCAGAAGCUUCCCGACCCAUUGACUGACCCGUCCAUAGAACAAAAGGUACCGCUGCCAUUCCCAUCGGCAGAAGCACAGAUCUCGCAGCUGUUCUCAUCAUCAGAGGAGAUCGCUCAAGAACCUAACCUGCCAGAUGUGGCCCAGCAGUUAGAGGAGACCACAGAGAUGCAUAAGUCAUCUCUGUCACCAAGAGUUUGA